AUUAGUAGCAAAGGGCCCACGUGACACCAUGAGGCCCAUGAGCCCAUGAGCCCAUGAAGAAGAAUUACCCCGCUGCAUUUUGAUUGUCGGUCCGCACUGCAAGCCCUUUCCAGCAGCAAUGGAUGCUUUGGUGGAACUCGAACAAACUCUCAGGACCAAACAGGGUGGAUUGACGCCUCCGGAAGUUUCUAUUCUUCUAUCAUGCCGGUCAAAGGCUGUCAACAGUUUUACCACCGGGGCUUGUGUUGCGUCUGCUUUCGUAUGGGCGACAACGAGAAGGCUGGAUAAGAUGUUUCGGUUCAACCUUUCAGCAGGAUCUGCUGUUUCAUUUGGAUUGUGGAGAUUUAGUAGGUCCCUUGAUUCAUGCCUUGCUCAUAUUAUGGCACUAGACGGAAGUCGGAUGCAAAAGGAGUUAGCAACCAUAAUAGUGAAUAAGUAUCAGGAUAAUCCUUGGAGAAUGCAACUUAUCUCCAAUCAUUUCUAUUCAGAGAAAGUUUUUGAUGAUUCAACUUCAGAUAAGCCGAAAUUAAGAUGGCGCCAUCGGAAUUUCUUUGGUGAUAGUGCUUCUCAUAACCAAGGAACACAUGAUGAUGAUGACCAUGUCAUUGACUCCCAAAAUGACAAUCAUAGCUACAAGAAUGACUUGGAGUCCAAGCAAGUUCAUGUGAAACCUGGCAUUGAUAUGAUGGCAGACCCUCUUGAUUGUUUGCUUGAGGCAGCAGCAGGUGGGGAGAUUCACCCUGAUUCCAUCAGCACCUCCCACAGAAUACAUACUCGUAGCCAUAAAAGAUCACACCGUAGGCGUCGAAUGCAUCAUCAGGAAGCUUCUUCAGAACUCUCAGAAAGCCACUAGUUGAGUCAUGAUAUUUUGGAGGAAAGGAAGAAAGAAGGGUGAAACAAAAUAAUGAAUUAGGCUUGUGUGACUUAAAAAUCCAAGUCUAUAAGAGGACUUCUUAAGAGCUCAUAAAAUUUCAGGAACUUUUAGUUCCAUUUUCAAGCUGCUCGAGCGGGAAUUUCUCCUCUUCAGGCACUUGUUAGUUACACGCAUUCAAUCAAGUUUUUACUAUUUGGCUAUGUUACUUUGAAAGAACUGUAGCAUAUUGCCAUACAAAUUCGAGACUUUUACUGAAAGGCAGGAAAGAAUGAAUAACUAUGGAAAUUGACGGUGGUA